AUGAUUGACCCACAAGAUCUCAUCGCCUCCAGAGGGGGAGAUCCCAAAAAGAUCAUUGAGAGCCAAAGAAGACGAUAUGCCCCCGCGGAGAUUGUGGAUGAAGCCAUAGAUCUGUGGAACGACGCAUACCAAACACGAUACAAAGCAUCACAAAUCGGCGCAAAGAUCAAUGCGGUCCAGAAAGAGAUUGGGAAGCUGAGGAAGGCGAAACAAGAUGCCACCGACCUACUCCAAGAGAAGACCGACCUGGAGAAGCAGAAGAAACAAAUUGAAGACGAGGCCCUCGAGAAAGAGAGGCUAAGAGAUCGCAAGUGCAAGGCCAUUGGAAAUUACGUGCAUGAGUCAGUUCCUGUCAACGAUAACGAGGAUUUCAAUGAGGUGGUCAAGCAAUGGGCUCCCGAGGGCGUGACGGUCGAGAAAAAAGACUGCCUCUCGCACCAUGAAGUCAUGACGCGGGCGGAGGUGUACGACGGCGAGCGUGGCGUCAAGCUGGUUGGCCAUCGUGGUUACUUCUUACGGAAAUGGGGUGUGCUACUCAACCAGGCCCUCAUCAACUAUGGUCUUCAUUUUCUCUACGCCAAGGGCUACGAUCCCAUUCAGCCGCCGUUCUUUAUGAAAGCCGAGUACAUGGCCAAGACUGCGCAGCUGGAGCAGUUCGACGAGGAGCUGUACAAGGUCAUCGAGGACAAGGAUUCCGAAGAUAAAUAUCUUAUUGCAACUUCGGAACAGCCCUUGUCGGCCAUGUUUGCCGAUGAGUGGUUGACGGAGAAGGACGUACCCAAGAAGUUCGCUGGAUAUAGCACGUGUUUCAGGAAGGAGGCCGGUGCUCAUGGUAGAGAUGCUUGGGGUCUUUACAGGAUACACCAAUUUGAGAAGAUCGAGCAAUUCAUAUUCACCAAGCCUGAAGACUCGUGGCAAGCACUGGAAGAUAUGAAAACGACGGCCGAAGAAUUCUACCAGUCGUUGGGUCUCCCAUACCGAGUCGUGGUGAUCGUCUCCGGUGCCCUGAACAACGCUGCAGCGAAGAAGUAUGAUCUCGAAGCUUGGUUCCCCUACCAAGGUGAGUAUAAGGAGCUGGUCUCUUGCUCGAACUGCACCGACUACCAGACUCGCGAACUGGAGAUCCGAUACGGCCAGAAGAAGGGAGCCAUCGAUUCGAGAAAGACAUACGCUCACGCCUUGAAUGGCACCCUCUGUGCAACGGAGCGGACGCUCUGCUGCAUCUUGGAGAACUACCAGAAGGAGGACGGCUUCGAGGUUCCCGAAGUGUUGAAGCGCUACAUGCCCCCAGGCACCCCGGACAUCAUUCCAUACACAAAAGACCUGCCCAAAGAGUCAAUCUCGCAGAAGGCGAAGCAGCCCGCCAAGCCUAAGGCCGAAGGUGCUCCUGAUGGUGGACCCAAGCUGAACCCUCCUGCAGAUAGCGUGGCUGAUAAGCUCAAGGACCUGAAGACAUGA